AUGGAUUCUGGUUGGGAUGAGCUGGAGCGCAUGGCGCAUGCAGCAUCAGCCUCUGACGCCCAGAUUGCUUCCCAAUACCCGACACAGGACACUAUCGAGCGCUGGAUGCGACUCUUUGGAUAUUCCCGAAUCGAAGCUGUCCGUCUAAUCAGUGAUCAGCGCGGAGACGUCACCCGGGAGCGAAUCACCGACGAUCACUGGGAGCUUGUUCGAACCGAAAAGGAAGAUCUAGGCUACGAUCGUGAGGCUUAUGAGCACAAUCUGUCACUUCUCAAAGUCUUCAAGAGUCAAAGCGCGUUCAUACCAACUCCCGGAGCCGACGGGGAAAUGAUGCUUCUCUUCAGAUUGGGUGGACUAUUGAACACGGCAGAGAAAGUGAAGGAAGUUGCCGGUCUGAAUAGUGUACCCGUCGAACAUGACGGAAUGAGCGAGAUGGGUCCCGUCAAAUUCUGUUUGGUGAACAAAGACGCACAGAAGAAACUUGAGGAAUGGCUCACGCAGCAAUCCGUCCUCCAGCGAUAG